AUUCCCCCCACGCUCACCACGACCACUUAGCCCUUCAUUUCCUUUGCUUUCUUUCCCAAUUAUAAACGAACCCUAUGGCUGCUUCUGCUUCUGCUGCCACUGCCUUAGCUUUCUCAUCUCUGCUCCUCUUUGUUUCCUCUGUUUUCGGUGGCAACUUUUACCAGGAUUUUGAGAUCACAUGGGGCAAUGACCGUGCCAAUAUUCUUGAUAACGGCGACCUUCUUACUCUCUCUUUGGACAGAGACUCUGGCUCUGGCUUUCGCUCCAACAAUGUUUACCUCUUUGCUAAAAUUGAUAUGCAGCUUAAGCUUGUGCCUGGAAACUCCGCUGGCACUGUCACCACUUACUAUCUCAAAUCCGAAGGCUCGACAUGGGACGAGAUAGACUUUGAAUUCUUGGGGAAUCUCACCGGUGAUCCUUAUACACUUCAUACUAAUGUUUAUACACAAGGCAAAGGAGACAGAGAGCAACAAUUUCAUCUAUGGUUCGAUCCCACUGCCGACUUCCACACCUACUCAAUCCUCUGGAACCCAGAGGGAAUCAUAUUCUCGGUGGACGGGACGCCCAUCAGAGAGUUCAAGAACCAGGAAUCCUCAGGCGUUCUGUUCCCGACAAAGCAACCCAUGAGACUGUACUCGAGCCUGUGGAACGCGGACGACUGGGCCACAAGAGGAGGGCUUGUGAAGACAGAUUGGUCCCAAGCUCCCUUCGUUUCGUCGUACAGGAACUUCAAAGCGGACGUGUGUGUUUGGUCGGAGGGGGUGUCGUCGUGCUCCUCUGGCGCCCACUCUGCAGGCGGAGGAUGGCUGUCGGAAAAUCUGGACAAUACUCGACAACAGAGGCUGAAAUGGGUACAGAGGAAUUACAUGAUUUACAAUUACUGCACGGACGCCGAAAGAUUCCCUCAAGGCUACCCUCCUGAGUGUACCCUCAACACUGCCGCCUAAAUUGGCAUAUUUGCUUUGGCCGCCGUACAAAAUUUAGCUAAGCAUCAUAUCGUAUUGUAUAUACAAUAAGAUAUAUGUCUGGUUUUGCAUGGUUAUGUGAUCUCUGUUUUUUUGUUGUUUCUGCAUCUUUUUACUCCCAUUUCGCCAAAAUAAGGAAGAAAAGAACAAUAAUUGCGAGUUUGA